UAAAUCGUUUACUUCUCUCUCUCUCGAAUGGCUGCGGGAUGAAGCGAGCAGUUUCGACGUCUCAGUGUUUUUUCUCGCAAUGCAUGUCGCUUUUGUGAGUCCUCUACGCGCUAUAUUGCCCUUCAAGCAUGGCUGAUAUUCGAUCGGAGAAACGUCGCGAAUCGUAACCUAGAGGAGUUGCGGUGAUUAUUGGUUCUUGUGAGGGCGUAUGCUGUUUGUGUUCAGUGGGAAAGCCGGGUGUGCAAUGGCGGUGAAGGAGCACAUAGAGGCUGUGCUGAAUGUGGGCCUGCGGGUCCCCAGCAUCAUGCUGCUGGAGGUGCUAUACCGCUGGGACGUAAGCUCCUUCUUCCAGAAGAUCCAGAGGAGCAGUAUGAACAACAACCCCCUCUUCCAGUACAAGUACCUAGCUCUCUACCUGCACUAUGUAGGCUAUAUUCUGAGUCUGGUUUUGCUGACACUGCCUCGACAGCGUCUUGUUCAGCUCUACCUGUACGUCCUCACCGCUCUACUGCUUUUUGCUGGACACCAAAUUUCAAGGGAUUAUGUACGUGGUGAGCUGGAGUCUGGGUAUGAGGGCCCGCUCUACUUGGUGCCUCUGUCUAUGAACCGCUUCACUACGGCCCUGAUCUGCCAGCUGGUGGUGUGUACUCUGUGCUCAUGUGUCAUGCAGACCAAGCGAAUCUGGCUCUUUUCAGCCCACUUACUCCCCCUGGUGGCCAGAUUGUGUCUUGUGCCUUUGGAGACCAUUGUGUUUGUAAAUCGCUUCGCCAUGAUUUUCACCGGACUAGAAGUCAUCUACUUCCUAGCUUCUAACCUGCUAGUGCCCUUCAACCUCGCCAAGACUGCAUACAGGGAGCUGGCACAGGUGGUGGAGGUGUAUGGGCUCUUAGCCCUCGGCAUGUCCCUUUGGAAUCAGCUUGUUCUACCUGUGCUGUUCAUGUGCUUCUGGCUAGUUCUGUUUGCUCUGCAGAUCUACACCUAUUUCAGCACCCGAGACCAGCCUGCUUCCAGGGAGAGAUUGCUUUUCCUUUUUCUCACCAGUAUUGCAGAAUGCUGUAGUACUCCAUACUCUCUGCUUGGACUGGUGUUCACUGUGUCAUUUGUAGCCCUGGGUGUGCUUACCCUCUGCAAGUUCUACCUGCAGGGCUACAGGGCCUUCAUGAAUGAUAACACAAUGCACAGGGGAAUGACUGAGGGAAUCACGCUGUUGAUUCUGGCAGUUCAGACGGGUCUAAUUGAGCUCCAGGUCAUCCACCGAGCCUUCCUUCUCAGUAUCAUUCUCUUCAUUGUGGUUGCUUCCAUUUUGCAGUCCAUGCUGGAGAUUGCUGACCCCAUAGUGCUGGCGCUAGGGGCAUCUAGAGAUAAGAGCUUGUGGAAGCACUUCCGUGCAGUCAGUCUGUGCCUGUUUUUACUCGUAUUCCCGGCUUACAUGUCCUACAUGAUCUGUCAGUUCUUCCACAUGGAUUUCUGGCUUCUUAUCAUCAUCUCCUCUAGCAUCCUUACAUCUUUGCAGGUGUUGGGCACAUUGUUGAUCUAUGUGCUCUUCAUGGUGGAGGAAUUGCGCAAGGUGCCAAUGGAGAACAUGGACGACGUAAUCUACUGCGUGAACAGCACCUACCGGAUGUUGGAAUUUGUGGUGGCUCUGUGUGUAGUGGCAUACGGCGUUUGUGAGACAGUGUUUGGUGAAUGGACUGUUAUGGGCUCCACCAUUGUGCUUGUACACUCCUACUACAAUGUGUGGCUGCGGGCACAACUGGGUUGGCAGAGCUUUUUACUCCGUCGCGAUGCCGUCAACAAGAUCAAGAGCCUGCCUACAGCCUCUGAACAACAGCUGCAGCAACACAAUGAUAUCUGCUCUAUCUGCUAUCAGGACAUGACUUCAGCUGUCAUCACACCAUGUAAUCACUUCUUCCAUGCCGGCUGUUUGAAGAAAUGGCUGUAUGUGCAGGAGGCCUGUCCUCUGUGCCACAGCCAGCUAAAGAGUUCAGCACAGCGGGAGGCAGGUAUGGAUGUGCCUCCACAACCUGAUGCCACCAUCCAGGAGGCUCAGCUAGAGGCACCCUUGCCUGCCUCGACCUCGGAUGAGGUGGAAAGUGGUGAAGAAGGGGAAGUGAAGGCCAACACUCCUGCUGAGACUGAUCUUCCUCUGUCCUCUUCCACAUGCUAAUGGCUGCUCUUGCCAGGUUCUCAGACCAGAAAUGAGCCACACCCCUCUGAUGUCAUACACGUUAAUGCUGGCCAAAGGAGGAGGAAUAU